AUGAGACUUUCGACGCUAAUAAUAUGGCGGUAGACUUGAGACUUUCGUGUAGAAUUAAACAAAAACCAACUACCAUUUACAAAGAGCCUGAUCAUCUGGUCACACCAGGCGAUGUAAUAACAACAGACACCGGAUUUAUGAGGGGCCAUGGAACCUACAUGGAAGAUGAUAAACUCUAUGCGUCCGUAGCAGGCACAGUGGAGAGAGUCAAUAAGCUCAUCUGUGUUCAGCCGCUUAAAAGCAGGUACAGUGGAGAGGUUGGAGACGUUGUGGUCGGAAGGAUAGCAGAGGUUGGACAGAAGCGCUGGAAGGUAGACACAAAUAGCCGCCUUGACUCGGCUUUGCUACUGUCUUCAGUCAAUCUACCUGGUGGAGAACUGAGAAGAAAGACAGCAGAGGAUGAGUUGAUGAUGAGGCAGUACUUGUCUGAGGGAGAUUUGAUAAGUGCAGAAGUGCAGGCAGUCUUCCACGAUGGCGCAUUAUCGUUGCACACACGGAGUCUUAAAUAUGGCAAGUUGUCACAAGGAACGCUCGUCAAAGUAUCGCCGUCCCUCGUGAAGAGACGCAAGACGCACUUCCACAACCUUCCUUGCGGCGCGAGCGUAAUCGUCGGUAACAACGGCUACAUCUGGAUCAGCCCCACCGUGAAUGAAGAGGCAGAUAGCACAGGCGGAUUUGUGCAAGACCUGAACCCCGUUGCGACAGCGGACAGGGAGGUGGUCGCCCGGCUGCAUAACUGCAUUCUGGCGAUGGCGCGUCAUCGCAUGAUGUUGUCCGACACCAGCAUUAUCUACACAUACGAGGCUUCUCUCGCAAUCGGAAGUUUGGUCAAAGAUCUGCUGAAGCCGGAGAUGGAAUCAGAAGUGGUAACCAUGGCCAGGGAAAGACUGGAAACGGAAUCCUAGCACUACACAUACAAUUAUUACAUAUUUUGCCAGUAGAUGGUGCUGUUGCUUCAUUUGACAUACCUGCUCCUCGAUUUAUCCAUGAUGAAAUCACGUUUAUUUUAUCCUGCGUGGUCAUCGUUGUUCCAGAGUUACUUGGUCAUAUAGUGUGGCGAGUUCAUGGUGUUUGCUCCGAGGAGCUUGUCAUUUGUUGACCUGCAUGCGUACUUGAAAAAUGGCUGUAAUUAUGCUUCCUAACGACGGGAGCAAACACUGGAGCCUCGCGACUUCCUAAUUUCAUACUAGCUGUUUACACGUUGUUACUAAUAUCCCGUGCGCCGGAAACCAAGGUCCUUUGUUCGCCGUAAUGGGAAAAUUAUGCUUUAGUUUGCAUUUGUCAGACUGUUGUAAAAUUAUGACAGGUGGUGCGCAUGCGUGCGGGUACGUGCUUGGGUAUUAGUUGUAAUCACUCGAGUAAGAAUUAGAAAAUUAAUCGUCUGGUUUUUACUUCGCUCUGUUGAAAUGUACAGCGCGAGUGCGAUCGUGAGUAAAAUUUCAAGCUUUGUGAGGUAACGUCGCACGUCGAUGUAAGCAUUCUGAGCAGGAUUUUCAAUCGAUUUCUUCGGGAAUUCAUAAACGGUCCGAUUUAUAGCAUUUGCGCUAUGAGCUUACGGCACAAAGUGGAGUUGUAAAUCUAAUAUCUAAUGAUAGAAUGACGUGAUCAGCACGGCGAUUCUCGGUAAAAAUGUAGCUAUCUCACGUGUAGCUUGCGUGAGUCACUGUAAAAAUAUCUACCAGACGGGAACAUCGCAGCAUUAUGGUUUUUUAAAUUAACUACGUGGUGUGCAAAAUAUGCCUGCUAUCGGUGCAACGCAGCGACUGUAAGUAAAUGAGAACUUCCCUACUCGCGGCUUGGUCCUGUACUUUGGAGACGAGACGAGCCAGACAUGUAAAACAGGCUGCCACGUUGUAUCGGUGCCGAUUGACUGGCGUCUGGCAGACCUGGUUUUAGGAAAUCGCGCUGGCAGGUAUUGAAAUCGGGAGCGUGGAACGAAAUGCGAUACAGUCGGGUGCAGUCGCAAAGACGCGUUCUGAAAGGGGACCAGUGUGACGGAACGGCAUGAUGGUAUGGUAGCACGACCUGCCAACCCCCUCUCUCUAGAACCGUGUGCUAACUACUGAUGCCGCUGCGUUGUGAAUCUUAUUUCGAGGGACCAGAAUCUUGUCAACGAAUAUAGUCAGAAGAAUUGCCUGAAAUAAAUUAUGGCAAAUCCAAAUGACAUGUCUGAUUUUUUUCCCGUGAUGCGCUGAUUGCUCGAAUUUGUCGAGUGUCGUUCCUUUAUCCGUAAUUGGAGUUUUACUCUCGUGUGUCACAUCCUUCGAGAAAUGCCGCCUAGCGCCAAUGAAAAGUGCAGUUCUGAGGAUUAAUGGAAGCAUCUCGAUGGUGGAAAGUUGUGAGCGAGUAGCUAUGUUGAUUGUUUCUAUUCUAUUUUUGCGAGUGUUUUCAAAUUGUUUGCAUCGUCGGAUGUAUAAUAAAUGUUGAAGAUUAGAUUUACUUAAAUA